AACGUCCGCCACCCAAGCUGUCUGUAGUCGCAAGCGGCACAUCUUCUGCAAGCACCUGCAUACCUGCGCUACUGGUCUUGCUCUCGAAUUCCCCUUCAAACCCCGCGAUUGCGUGCUGAGCAUUGGCAAUGGGUCUCUUAGCAUUGGGGACGGCGCUGGACUGGCCGGACGCCAAGAAGCAUGCCAAUCAGGUCAGGGAAUGGGGAAUCAAGCAACUCUUGGAAAUAUGGAACAAGGCCAAGCACAAGGAGAGGGACGCCAUGCUGUGGGGAGACGAGAUCGAGUACCUCGUCGUCACGUACUCGGAAUCGGAACCCAAGGUACUCCUCUCGCUGCGGCAAGCCGAUAUCCUCGCAGCACUCGCCGAGGAUGAGGAGUUGUCAAAGAAGGGUGGCUGCGUCCCCGCCCUGCAGGACAUCCAGGCUCCAAAGACCAAGCCGCUGCCUGUCUUCCAUCCAGAAUUUGGCAGGUUCAUGCUCGAGGCCACCCCCGGUAAGCCCUGGGGCAUAGGCUUCCGCGAGCUGCUGGACGUCGAGGCCGACAUGAAGACAAGGAGGAGGAUCGCCAAGGAGCACAUGAAGAGCAACGAGUAUCCCAUCACCCUGACCACAUACCCGCGGCUGGGAGUCCCCGGCAUCUUCACGGAGCCCUUUUACCCGCCGUCUGGUCCCCGGCUGCGCUCGCAAUUUGUGCCGGAUGAGAUUGCGAACCCGCACAUCCGCUUCCCGACGUUAGCCGCCAACAUUCGGUGGCGCCGCGGCAAGAAGGUGCAAGUCAAUGUGCCCGUGUUCCACGACAAGAACACGGCGAACCCGUGGAAGGACCCCACGGUGGACUAUAACCUGCACAACUGGCCCGAGGACGACGACGUGAGGAAUGGUGCAGCGCCGGACAACUUUAUCCACCUGGAUGCCAUGGCUUUUGGCAUGGGCAGCUGCUGUCUGCAAAUCACGUUCCAGGCGAAGAAUAUCAACGAGGGGCGCAAGAUGUACGACCAGCUCAGCCCGCUCGGCCCUAUCAUGCUCGCUCUGACUGCGGCUACCCCAAUAUACAAGGGCUUUCUGGCAGACACAGAUGUCAGGUGGAACCAAAUCAGCCGGGCGGUGGAUGAUCGGACAGCGGAGGAGCUGGGUGAGGUGCCGCUAAAGAACGACCGGUGGAGAAUCCCGAAGUCACGUUAUGCGUCAAACUCUACUUACAUCAGCACUGAUCAUCGGCUCAGACCCGAGUAUCUAGACCCUAACCUCAUCAUUGACGAGGACAUCAAACAGCAACUGUUGGAUGGUGGCAUGGACGACCGCCUCGCGACACAUUUCGCGCAUCUUUUCAUCCGGGACCCCAUUGUCAUCUUUAGCGAAGACCUCAAGGAGCUCGACAUGACCAAGACAGACCACUUUGAGAACAUCCAGAGCACAAACUGGCAGCACAUGCGUUUCAAGCCACCACCUGCCGGGUCCGACAUUGGCUGGCGUGUCGAGUUCCGGCCGAUGGAGAUCCAAGUCACGGACUUUGAGAACGCCGCGUUCUCGGUGUUCAUGGUCCUCAUUACACGUGCGAUUCUCAGUUUCGACCUCAACUUCUAUAUUCCGAUUGUCAAGGUGGACGAGGGUAUGGAGACGGCGCACGCCCGCAACGCCGUACUCAAUAAGAAGUUCUACUUCCGCAAGAACCCGUUUCCGCUGAGGCAGCCGCGAUCCUCGGGCACCACGACACCCAACAUAAGCAGGCCCGCCACACCCCUUGGCCCGGUGGAGGACGAGUACGCGCUCAUGACGAUCGACGAGAUCAUCAAUGGCGCCAAGACUACCAGCGACCACGAGUUCCCGGGGCUCAUCCCCAUUGUCGAGAGCUAUCUCGAUUCGGUCAACAUGGACGUCGAGACGCGCUGCGAGCUCGAGACGUAUCUGGACCUGAUCCGCAAGCGGGCGAGCGGCGAGCUGUGGACGGCGGCGCGGUGGAUCCGCGAGUUUGUGCAGCAGCACGACGCAUACAAGCAGGACAGCGUCGUCGGCGACGACAUCAACAAGGAUCUCAUUCGCGCGGUCAUCGACAUCGGCGAGCGGGAGCAGGUCGGCAAGGGCUGGAAGGAUCUGGACAUCCCCGGCCUGGGUAAGAUGCUUGACGGGUUCAGGGGUGGGUGUAGGGGCUGGUGAUAGAAAAUACAACAAAUAGAUCAGCGCGCAUUGCUUGGUAGUUCGAGCCGACGCAGGUGGCGAAGGGGGACGUUCUUUUAAUUCCACCGUCUGGCAUAAGAGCCUGAUGCAGAGGAGCGGGAAGCGAACAGCUUGAUAUAUACAGCAGAGAAUAACCGCAUCUGGACGGGGCACUAGACAGAGAACUAUCUCGAUAUAUAUAUUUAUGUCAUUGUGAACUCAAUCCGGGCUCGACUCUACGUUGCCUGGGCGUCUGCUAAAUAGCAUGAG